AUGCCUUCUACUCGAAGUCUCAAUUUUAAGAUACGUCUCCUUGGAUUUCACUCUGAAAGCGAACUUGAGGAUGAUAAAAGUGAUGAAGAAUCUCAGAUGAAGCCGAAAGAACUUGAAGGCGUAAUCAAAAGUGACAUCGACUAUGUAGAGGAGCUUUGCAGUGAUGAUGGAUUGGAUUUCGGGUUUGAAGGACCACUACUAAGGUUUCCUGCUCAAAUUAAUGAUAUUACUGUUCUGAAGCAAACUUUGGAAGCAUUAUUUCUUUAA